UCGUACUCUUUUUUCAAUCAUACGGUAGAUUCUGUUCAGGAAUGCCAAAAAAUAGCAACAUUAUCGUCGCAACCAUUCGCUGCUUUUGAUCCAUCUUCAAAAAGUCUGUGCUGCCGAUAUCAUCAAAUAGAGAGGGAGAGACUGCCAUUCUGGGGUCGACAGGAAUUCUGGCGCACGAUUCGAAGCAAGACGCGGAUUUCCCAACUACGGGCGGCCUGCAAUCUGAAUUUGGUCUCCUCUCUUCGUUUCCAUAGCCCGUUCCCCGAAAUUUCGAGCCUCGGUCGCUGAGACAUUCGAUGCGAUGAAUCAAGAUCCUGGGGGAGAACGCCCGGAUCGGAUACCCGAAGAGAGUCCAUCCAAAAGUGUUUCCGACCAUGACGCAACCCAAGAUGGUUCGUCUUCUCGUGAACACCCCGCGCACCAGCAGAAGUUUCAACGACAACAAGAACAAGAACAACAACAGCAGCAGCAGCAGCAGCAAAAUCAAACACAACCAAUGCACCCAACCUGGUCUAUGCAGCUGCCAUUCGCACCCCCGCCUACCAGGCACGGUCCGCCAGUCAAUCCCAAUCCAGCUAUGCUUCAUUAUUACGAAGCCCAGAUGAGAGAUCACGCAGCUGCCUACGCCUCGGCAGCAGCUGCUGCCGCCGCCACUGCCGCUCAGAUUGCCGCAGACAUGGCGUCUUCUACCAGUGCCUAUCAUUCCUACCAUAACCAGCAGCAGACCCACAACGGUAUUCCCCACCUUUCCUACCCGAACAACGUAAUACCGCCCAUGUCGCCAAUGUCAAACAUAAUGUUUCCCACGUCUCCACAGAUGUUUGCGCCGCCCACUUUCAUGCCACCCAUCACAGAACUAUCUUACCAGCAACAAUCUUCGGUCCUCACCCCAAACCAACGAUCCACAAGUGGUGAGAGUAGCCAACAAUAUGCAAACCAAUCACCGCGAUCUACGGAGGGUAAUGAAAAAAGCAGUCGACAUCGCCAUCAGCAUCAUCAACGUCGUCGGAAGCGACAACAGCGCUUGCCAUCUUCAUUUUCGAACAACAGAAACGCCAAUCCCAACAUCGACAGUGAUCCCCGGCAGAGGCAAUGCGAUUUGAGUGCAAGCACGAAUGGCAAUUGGACGCAGCAAGGCCAGCAAAAACGAGGGCGUCGUCGACGAAGGUUUUGGAACGAUGCAGGAUCCAGCGAUUCUGGUGAUCCAUCGUACAACCAUUCUAAUAGCAAUAACGAUGGAUAUUACAACAAAAAUUGCCGUCGCAAUCGCAAAAUGGCCAAGGCAGCUAGUUCUAGCAGUGACGGUGGCAGCGCGUCCUGGAUUACCAAAAAGAAACAACGGCAACCAAACGACGACAGUUUGUUGGGCAAGACGGGCGUCAGUGCCCUUUACGAAUGGGCCAUGAAAAGACGAACGACGCCUACUUUCUCGAUGUCACAAAACAAUAGUUUCAAUCGUAAGAAAGAAAGCGAACGUACAGAAAACGAAACGCAAGAGAAAACAGAGCAAAAAGAAUCGGUCGAUGCUAUGCAACAACACCUUCCAAAAGAUGACGAGGGCAAACGCAGACGAUUAGAGCUCGAACAUGAUUUUUUCGAAACGACUGUCAGCAUUGACGGGGUCGUAAUGGGAACCGGCCGCGGACCUACAAAAACUUCAGCGAAACACGAAGCGUCGCGUCGGGCUUUGAUGACAUUACUGCCCGGCGUAGAAUUUGACGAGGAAUCUGGUAUUUUGGUAAAGCUACCUGGAAGUGAUUCGCAAGGGUCAUCGCAGCGUUUUGUCUCUGAAUCUUCAGAGAGAACGCAACAAAAGACAGCGGCAAUAACAUCGUUAGAGGAACUGGCGCCAAAUCUUGCCAAACAACUAGCUAUCGGGCACAGCAAUGAUGACGACGACUUUGAACACAGAAAAGGAAAAGGAACAAAUAUAUGCAAACUACCUGGAAGAGAUUCGAGGAAGCGACAAAAAUGGCCACACGUCUAUUCAGGAACAUCAACUACGUCAGAUGACGAAGACGAAGACUCCUAUUACGCAUCUCGUGGAGCUUAUGUAUGUAGUUCUUUGCUUCAUGCAAUGGUUCAAAUCGACGAGAGGCUAACAGAACCACCAGAGUUUAAAUACCAAGUAUCGGCAGUUACCAAUGAACCAGCCGGACAACACUCAAAAUUGAAACGAAAAGCAUGCGUUCCAAUCAAAGCCACAUCAACUGCUAUUCCCCGUGGCUUUUUCCAAUGUACUGGGACGUUGAAAUUGCGAACUAACUUUAAAUCCGAUUCUACUCGGCCGGAAGAUGCCGAUGGUGGUUCCUCCGAUGGAUCUUUGCGGCCACGCGAAUGCUAUCGACUUUUACGAUCGUCCGGCGUAGGGGGCACAAAACGCGACGCGAGAUAUACCGCUGCGGCAAAAUUACUAGCCCUGCUUUUCCCGGAAUGCGAUGGCAUGGCCCAGGUGAAACAAGCUGCGGAAGCAGCCAGACAAAACUAUGCAGAGACGCGAGCUCUGAAACAACAGUCAAAGAGAGCGGCGCCUUUGGCCGCCGCGUCUAGGACGAAGGGCUGCCUUCCUGCCAUUCGGUCAAAUGAGAAUAUCGGACCGAACCUUUUGUUUACAGCUCUGUGUAAGAACGCACCAAAAGUCCCAGAUCAAAUUCAUCAAGGCUUCACGGCGGUGCUUGGAAAUCUUGGCUUGAAGGGUGCCUGCACACACAAUCAUUCGUCUGUAUGCGAGAACGAAUUUCACAACGUCGACACAUCAAAAGAAACGGGCCUUUUGCGACAAUUGAGUCGACAACAUCAGCUUGAAGAAAGCAUAGAUUCCGCGUUACAAAAGCUGAACGAACACGACGAAGAAGGCCGGUCUUUGCCAGAAGAGCUUACUGCAGACGAUGUAGGACGGACCGUAUUGCGGCGAGCAAAUGUCGACGAUAUUCACUGGUUAGAAACGCUUUUCAAAACAAAACCAUCCCAAAAAUAUAAUACUGAUAUGGGUCCCUUAUUUGGAACGAUUUUGGAAUCAGAAAAAGGGCCCUCCUCUUUGUCAAUGAAGCGGUGGUCGUCGUCAACGAUCGUUCUUCUCCUCUGCCGCGCCAUUGCUCCACAUGAAGAUCCUCCACUGGGUUGCGCUGUUCUGACCCUCGGUUUUUCUAUGCAAAGAGGGAAGAUUCUUCGAAUUGCUCAAAUAGCAAGUAAAUCGCACCAACCAAGAGAGCGCUUUAUUGAAACUCUAUCAAAAUUUGCGGCGAACAUGGGGUGCGCUCUGAUAUCUUCACCGUCAAAAACGUCCUUUGCUAAUCUAGAAAAAGAUCAUUUACAAAGAAUGAUGGGCAGGCAAACAUGCACCCUCAAUGAAUACCGUAAGCGACAAGAGGGGCUCGACUGCCCAGAGACGAUUCAUGACAACAUAAAGAUGCACAUAACAUCGGAAGAGAAACAUAAUCGACCGAAGCCGUCCCUUCAAUCAGUUCAAGAAGAAGUGGAAGGCAUCGAAGAGAGUGAUUCAUCGUCUCCUAAGGACAAGAAAACAAAGAGACGCGAAAAACCAAGCAAACGGUCGAGGUUUCAAUGAAACCUAACAAACACACUUUGAUGACCCUCGAAACACUCGUCCAUGAUUUGACUAGAAUCUACAACGAACGAGAAUAUUUUCUUAAUGAUCUUGCGGUCUUGCACGUUGGGGUUGCGCCCUUCUGGUUUAUUCGAAUCAAUAUGGCAAAAACCGUUUUUGGAGUCGUUCCACGGAUUCGAGAUCCUCUAAAAGGUGCGAUACAGACACAGCAGGACCAGUCCAGGCCAAGGGUUCUCGACAUGGGUUCAACGUCACCCAAAAAUGCGCAUGAUGAAAUUUAUAAUUAUACUGCUUUGGAGCAAGAUUCCUCAUGUUCAAAUCCUGCAGUCCGUCUACAAAGAGGGUUCUUUCAUCGCUAACAGCUAAAACCUGAACUUAGUUGCACUGAACUAUGGACUAGUAUCUAGUCAUUUUGCGUCAUUUGGAAUAUACUUUCGUCGAUCAUCAGAAUUAUUAUUAUUCUUUUUAAGAGAUAUCAACAUGAGAAUAGAAUACUGAAAUCUGAAGUUUUUUCGGAGUAAGUUCCAUGGGAGGGAUUACUUUUUUUGUGCUUUCAGCAUUGACCUAUGAUAAUUUGAAAUAAAUGCAUGCUUGUUCCGGAAACAUGUUCUGGCGAUACUGAGUUGUGAAGGAUUUUUCCAGAUUUUUAUCCAAUCGGGAAAAACUAAGGGUGGACAUUGAAACUUUGAUGGUGUCAACUGCUUGAAACGCACAAUACCAUAGAUCCAGUUUGUGUGACGUAGGUCUUAUCUUGGGGACUUGCAACUGGUCCCUGGUAGUACUGGUGAUCCUAGUAUGCUUGUUGCAAAUAAGUACUUCCUCUGUCCAGAAAUAGAUGUACCCUAUGCAC